UCACACUCACCCACCCAUGCACCCACCCACACACACACACAGAGAAUGGUUUUCAGUGAGAAGCAAGAAAGUUUAGUGAAGGAGUCAUGGGAGGUGAUGAAGCAAAAUGUUCCGGAGCUCAGCCUUCGUUUGUUCACAUUGAUUAUGGAGAAUGCCCCGGAAGCAAAGAACAUGUUCUCUUUUCUGCAAAACACAGAUGAAAUCCCCCGGAACAAUCCCAAAGUCAGGGCUCAUGCUGUUAAGGUUUUCAAGACGACAUGUGAAUCAGCUAUUCAGCUUCACGAGAAGGGCAAAGUUGUGGUGGCUGAUACUACUCUCAAAUGGCUGGGAGCCGUCCAUCUUCAGAAAGGAGUCAUGGGUCCUCACUUCGAGGUUGUGAAAGAUGCUUUGCUGAGAACAAUUAAGGAGGCAAUGGGGGAUAAAUGGAGUGAAGAAAUGAAUGGUGCAUGGAGUCAAGCCUAUGAUCUGUUAGCAAUAGCCAUUCAAGAUGAAAUGAAGGCGGAGGCUUCUGCUGCUUAAAUUUAAUUAAAACCUUCUUAAUUUGGUUCAGUUAUAGCUUGUAAGUAGAGAGUGUGUGUGAGAGAGAGCUACUAAAUAAAAUUUUAUAUAUACAUUGCUGCUUUGUAGCUAAAAAAGAUGUAUUAAAUUUUGAGAAAAGAAAUUGCAUGUUGAUGAACCA